AGACAUAUACGGACUCGUUCUUAAACGAAUACAAAACGACAGCGUUAGUAUAAAUAUAAAUCCCCUCUCUACCGGCGUCCAAAAUCAAAGUCAGAAUUCAGAAACCACCGAACCGAAAUAAAAAAGAAAGAAAAAGAAAAGAAAUUCGAAAGAUAAAUCUAGGGAGAUGAGUGGAGGUGGAGAGAAAGGGUCAGCAACCACAAAAACCCCUGCUGACUUUCUCAAGUCGAUUCGUGGGCGUCCCGUUGUUGUCAAAUUGAACUCCGGUGUUGAUUAUCGAGGUAUUUUAGCUUGUCUAGAUGGAUAUAUGAACAUAGCAAUGGAACAAACUGAAGAAUAUGUGAAUGGGCAACUGAAGAACAAAUAUGGUGAUGCUUUUAUUCGAGGAAAUAAUGUUCUGUACAUUAGUACAACAAAGAGGACGUUAGCAGAUGGGGCGUAGCAAUGCGAUAUCAUACAAGAGGAGAAGAUUCAGGCUUAAUGUUCUCCUAUAAUUAAAUCAUGAUGUACUAUCAUGCCGCUUUUGGAUUUUUAGGGAUCAUGUAACGUUCCAUUUUGAAAAACAACAAAACUUCUAUGAUCAAUUGAAUAUAUUUUGUCA